AUGAGGUUUACAGUUGUGAAAAAAAUGGCUUCCAAGAGAAAAAUAGCAAUUAAAGCUGUUGAGUUUUUCUUGCAUAAGUAUCCCAUUGUAAAUGCGUUAACAUUGCUAAUGCUAUUCGCCGAAAGAGCAGCCAACGAAAGUGCACCACCUAUAAACCAUAGGAUCAUUUAUGCAAAUCUUAUUGGUUUUCUUGGCUGUGCUUUAUUAAUGUCAUCAAACAUUCAGAGAAAGGCAGCAGCACUUUUUUUUUGUGGACAGCUAGGCUAUUUUACAUAUGUAUUUUACAGUAACAAAAAAUUAAACUAUAAAGAAUGGCUGCGGUUACAAGUGUGUACAAGACAAGUUGGCUGUAUAGGGAUAUACUUGUUAUUUGCCUAUGUCAUUGACAGGCGUAAAUCUGUUCCACUGAGGCGUUUUGCAGAAAUCAUCAUGGGGCUGUACCUUUUUGCCUUCACCUAUCUGAUAAACAAUGUUCAUGAGGUUCGGAGUGGUGUUUUAAGUCACAUGAUUGGAGGUGAAUGGGGAAGGUAUGUUGUCACUGUUCUCAUAGCAGCCUGCGCCCUCAGUUUUUUCUCAGGAUAUUUCUUGCGUGAUAUGUCAUUGUGUGCAGCCGUUGUCAUAGCUUUCAUGGUUUGUACAGUGGACUCUGAUGUUGACUACUGGUCAAGGAAAGGUGUCCAUUAUUGGAACCAGAUUAGAAUGAUUGCAGACAGUCUUUGUGUUUGUGUUGGAUUGAUUUAUGCAUUUUUUCAUCUUGAAAAUAGAGUGAAAAUGGACUAAUUUAUUAUAUAUUUAUAUUUAGUAGCUAAAUAUACGUGCAAUUUCCUUUACACAAAUUUGAAUUAACAUAUUGCUUUUGUAAAUGGUUUUCUUUACAUAUUUUUAUUGGAGAGUUUUUAAAAUGUGUGUUGCUAUAAUUUAGCCAAUGUUUUAUAAAGUAAAGUGAAUCUAUACAAUUUGAAUAACUGGCUGUCAUAUUCUAAUUGUAAGUUAAAUGGUUGCUAGAUUUCCUAUCUUGUAAAAGAAAAUUUAAUAAGCUACAAUAAACAAAAUAGACUACACUAUCACAUAGCCGUUUAUAGGUAUUUGAGUUUAUUUACAUAUAUAAAGUUUAUGUUUAUUAUUUACUUGUUUUUUUUAUUCUAAUUUUUGCUCAACUUGUACUGUAUUGUGAUAUUUUUUGUGAAGCAAAUUUGAUAUCUAUACCUUAAGAUUUUGUAAAUGAAUCUUGUUGAUAGGAAAUUGUAAAACUAUUUACUAGAAUGUAUGAACUGGACUUUUAUAGGCAGAAAUUACCCAUUUAUAAUUAAAUCUUUAGCCUUAGUAGAUCCUAGGUGAGAUUGUUCUGUUGGUUUGGUUGUGAAGAUGAUUAUUGAGAAUAAAUGUGUUUUUAUCUAAUUAGUCUAUGAACCACCUGGUAAAUCAAUAUGUGAAGUGGAAUACACUUAUUUUUAAAAUAUCUGUUUGCUUGUGUUUAUUAAAGUAAGUCCAUUACAUGACUUUUUUGUUUGUUACAGGAAUUAAGAAUUAUAUUUUUUAACAAUACAUGACAUUUUAAUUCAAAACAUGCCUUUCAUCUCAUUUAUUUUUCAGUUAUUUUGUGUGCAAAUUAGUAGAGUCUAAUUUUUUGUUAGCAAAGGCCACAGAUGUGAUUAAUAAAAAUCUACAAUUGAUUUAACAAAAAGACUAAUCAGAUGUAUAUUUUAAAAAUUCUAAUGCUUUUAAUUAAUAUUUGUUGUUACAAAAAUGUAUGCAGUGUUGUUUUGCAUUUAACAUGCUCUAGAUGAAAAGACUGGAAUAUAUAGUUUUUAAUUAAUUUAGUUCACCGAAUCAUUUUCUCUGUAUUGAUAGUUGUUACUAUGUUCUGUUUAGUAUUUUGAGGUUAAAUAGUACAUUACCCAGUAAAGUGCAAAUAAUUGUUUAAAAUUUACAUAGGUUAUAAAUUUUUAAAAAUUAAUUAGAUUGAAUGGAAUCAAAUUGCAAAAAAAUGUAGAGUAACUUAAAUAAACUGAUAUAAUUAUAAUAUAAUAAAAGAUGACUAAUUACCUUUGAAUGACAUAUUUCAUCUAAGAUCUGAUGAAUGCAUCCAUUUGAUUUAGUUUUUCCAUAUCAGUAAUUUUAAUUUAUUUUUAUUACAUCUUUAAACACAGUUUAAAUUUGUUUAAAUUGUUGUACUGGUAAAGUAAAUGUGAAAAGAAUAUUUAAAAUAAUACCUUACAAAACUUUUAAACUCUUUUCUUUAAAUUUUAUUGUUUGUGCAUGUUUUAAAUUGUUAUACAACUCUUACAGCAUAUUUUCCAAACCAAUGCUUAACUUUAUGAUACAUCUUUAUUAAAAUAUUUAACAAUGAUAAUUUAUUUUUUCUUAGUUUCAUUUUAUAUUUACUUGAGUUUUAUCAAAUUUGCUUGAUUCACAUUGUGUAAAUGACUUGACACCAUACUAUAAAUAUAUACACACA